AGUUACAGAUAUUAUACUGCUGGAAGGAUGCCUUAACCAGACUACUGAAAUAUGUCUGAAAUAUGUCCAAAAUAUUCUUGACCAGUUAGAGGACAUAACAGUUCAAGUGUUUCCUUUGAGUACUGUGGUGAACAUUUUGAAUAUGGUCUUCAAUGCAUCAGAGAAGAUUUUGGACUCAUCAUCAUCAGCUAAUCCACCUGAACUAGCCUCCUUUGGAAACCGUCUGUUAAAAGCCAGUGAGAAACUCAUCUCUACAUUAGUGUACCCAACAGUAACUAAUGACAGUGUCAGUUUUACUCUUCCGGCUGCAGAGGGUCAAGUCUUCAUGGUUGGACCACGGGUCUACUUAGAUAAAAUACCUCGACUUGACACAACAUAUUCCUCUGUGAAUAUAGAUCUCAUUGGAAUUGCAAGAAAGAACAAUGAAGGAUCAGCUGCUGUGGCUUUCAUGAGCUACAACACGAUGGAGAAUCUACUUAAGCCAGACUUUUUCGACACAUCAAAUGACACAGUUAAAACCAUGAUGUCCACUGUGAUCUCAGUUACUCUUCCCAAAACCACCAACACUAAACUCACCAAACCAGUCAACUUCAUCUUUAGACACAUCAGAGAGUUUGAUCACAGUGGUUCUCUGUCCUGUGUGUACUGGAACAUCAGCGAGUGGAUUGUAGAUGGUUGUUCUGUUUUAAAGACCAACAGCAGCCACACUGUGUGUUCCUGUGAUCAUCUGUCAAUAUUCGCUCUCAUCAUGCAAACCAGCCAUCCACACUAUGACAUGUUUUUUCAGAGCAACUUACAGCAACUUCUGAUGAUUUUUGUGUAUGUGACCGUGGGGGUGGUCUUCAUUUUGGCCCUGCUGACCCUUAUCAUUUUCAUAGCAGUUUAUUCCCAUGUGUGAUUGGAUAUCUGGUUCCUCUGAUUUCUGAAAGCUAUGGCAGUGAGCAGUAUGUAGUUUUUUAGUUUAUUUGUUGUUAAUUUGUUUAGAUGGAGGAAUCAUGUUAUAGAACUGUAUAUUCAUUUAAAUAUUAAUAAGCUUGAUACAAAAUGAUAUAAAUGGCAACAUUAUUUUUUUAAGAAGGAAGGCCACAGGUUUGAUGGAUAUUGUGAUAUACAUUUAAAACUAAACCAUAAAAUAACUCUGUGAUCAGAUAAUAUCUUAUUCAAAGUAAA